AUAAAUGUUACAACUGUUUUUAUUCAGUUUGCAGUUUUAUUAAGAAGGAUUUAUGUUUAAGGUGUCGACAAUUUCAAACUAGGAAUUGUUGCUGUUGUUUUGAAACAUGAUAUGUUUGAACUACCUAGUGUUAUCAUAUUUACUUUUUGUUGCUGCUUGUGCUGAUGAAGAAGAUGUAACUGUAGAAUUCAGCUCCCCUGAGAUCAACAAGCCUUCAGAAAAUGCGAAAAAUGCUAGUCAGUUGAUACUUCAAGAAAUUGAGGGACAUAUUAGUGAAAGAUUGUUGUCUGAGAAAACAAUAAAAGAUGGUGCUAAUCUGACUGCAGAUGGGAAAUUGGAAAAUAUCAAUGGUACUGGGAAUUCAUCUGCUGAAGGAAAGAAUGUUAUUAAAGUACAAUGUUUACCCAGAGUUCUAGCUGAAAAUGAGGUUCCAACUGUUACUUUAACAAAUGGCAGUAUGUUUUUGAAAGCAUUAACCCCAUCUCCUGCUAACACGAGUACGGGCGAAUGUUCUGUGGUUUUAUUCUAUUCUUCGCAAUGUGCUUUCUCUGCAAGAAUGGCUCCACAUUUUAAUGCACUUCCUAGGGUAUUUCCAGACAUAGCCUUUUAUGCUGUUGAUAUUCUUCAAACUGGAAACAUCCACGUACGAUAUGGACUGGUCUUCGUGCCAAAUGUGAUGUUGUUCCACAAUUCCAAGCCUGUUGGCAGGUUUAAUGAAACAACCCUUAAUUUAGAGCAAUUUGUGAAAUUUAUUCAUAAAUUUACAGGUUUACAACAUAAUGGAACUUUGAAUGUGACAUCUGCCGACAUGAGUGGUCCCGUUCCUUCUUCAAUAGUGAAAAAAACUGACUAUGUUUUAAUUUUAGCAUGGGCAUUUACUAUAUGCUGCCUGUGUUUUGGUUUCCUGAAAUCAUCCAUCUGUCAUCGCAUUGUAGAAUUUUUGAAGAACACAUGGCAAGAAGCUGCUGCUGCACAACAUGAACAUGAAGAUUGAUGUUUUACAAAGCUGUCAUGUGUCUUAAAGUUUCAUGACUCGUUCAUUUGAUGUAAGGAAUAAAUGUUGGAUCUGUAUUGAACUUCUCUGAUAGAGUGGAUGAUCAGUGUGCUUCUCACUAGGGUUUAUCAAAAAAAAAAAAAAAAAAAUGAAAUUUCAAAUCUUAAUUUGGAAUACCUGCCAAAAGCUGUGCAUGUGUAAGUACAAUACACAUGUAAAAUAUUAUCAAGUUUGAACAUCUCCUUGAGGGUCCUACCAAAGGCUUGAAUUUUUUCCAAAAAUAG